AAGGAGUCGAAAUCAGAAGAGAGGGACAGACCACAUCUCACCCAACUCGCCCUUUCGGGCUUCAACUUUUUUCAUCAAUGCUCUGUCGGAGUUUCUUCCUCCUCACCUCAAUUUCUAGGGUUUCCAAUUCUACGCUCCUUUAUUAGGGUUCUUCUCCUCCACCAAAAUCAGAGAUUAAUUUUGGGUUUGCCAUUGCGGUUGGUUUAAUGAUUUGAAGUUGCGAAUUGCAGAUUUUGAUUCUGGAACCGAUAAUUGGGGUUUGGCGAUAUGACGAUGAAUGAGCGGAAGACCAUUGAUUUGGAGCAAGGAUGGGAGUUUAUGCAGAAGGGGAUCACCAAAUUGAAGAACAUUCUAGAAGGAUUACCUGAGCCGCAGUUUAGCUCGGAGGACUACAUGAUGCUCUAUACUACCAUCUAUAACAUGUGUACUCAAAAGCCCCCUCAUGACUACUCCCAACAGCUUUAUGACAAAUAUCGGGAAUCUUUUGAAGAGUACAUUACUACGACGGUAUUGCCCUCUUUAAGAGAGAAGCAUGAUGAGUUCAUGUUGAGAGAACUUGUGAAAAGGUGGUCAAAUCAUAAAGUUAUGGUUAGAUGGCUUUCUCGUUUCUUCCAUUAUCUUGAUAGAUAUUUUAUUGCUCGGAGGUCACUUCCUGCCCUUAACGAGGUUGGGCUCACUUGCUUCCGUGAUCUGGUCUACCAAGAGUUAUAUAGUAAAGUCAGGGAUGCCGUGAUUUCUCUGAUUGAUCAAGAGCGCGAGGGAGAGCAGAUUGACCGAGCUUUAUUGAAGAAUGUUUUAGAUAUAUUUGUUGAAAUUGGAAUGGGGCAAAUGGAGCAAUAUGAAAAUGAUUUUGAAGCAGCCAUGCUCAAAGAUACUGCUGCAUAUUAUUCUCGAAAGGCUUCAAACUGGAUCCUGGAAGAUUCAUGUCCAGAUUAUAUGUUAAAAGCUGAGGAGUGUUUGAAACGAGAGAAAGAUAGGGUUUCUCAUUAUCUACAUUCUAGUAGUGAACCAAAGCUACUUGAGAAAGUCCAGAAUGAGUUGCUGUCGGUAUUUGCAAACCAACUGCUUGAGAAGGAGCACUCUGGGUGCCAUGCGUUGCUUAGAGAUGACAAGGUGGAUGAUUUAUCAAGGAUGUACAGGCUCUUUUCUAAAAUACCACGCGGUUUGGAGCCUGUGUCUAAUAUAUUUAAGCAGCAUGUUACUGCCGAAGGUACAGCCUUGGUUAAACAAGCUGAAGAUGCAGCAAGCAACAAGAAGGCAGAUAAAAGGGAUGUGGUCGGCUUGCAAGAACAGGUUUUUGUUAGAAAAGUAAUUGAGCUCCAUGACAAGUAUCUGGCAUAUGUGAAUGAUUGUUUUAAUAACCACACACUUUUUCACAAGGCACUCAAGGAGGCUUUUGAGGUCUUCUGCAACAAGGGUGUUGCUGGAAGCUCAAGUGCUGAACUACUAGCCACUUUUUGUGAUAAUAUUCUUAAGAAAGGUGGGAGUGAGAAACUGAGCGAUGAGGCCAUUGAGGAAACACUUGAGAAGGUAGUAAAGCUGCUUGCUUAUAUUAGUGAUAAAGAUCUAUUUGCUGAGUUCUAUAGGAAAAAGCUUGCUCGGCGACUUCUUUUUGACAAGAGUGCUAAUGAUGACCAUGAGAGAAGUAUUUUGACUAAGCUGAAGCAGCAAUGUGGUGGUCAGUUCACCUCCAAGAUGGAGGGGAUGGUUACAGAUUUGACAUUGGCAAGGGAAAAUCAAACCCACUUUGAGGAGUAUCUGAGCAAUAAUCCAAAUGCUAAUCCUGGGAUUGACUUGACUGUUACUGUGCUUACUACGGGCUUCUGGCCAAGUUAUAAGUCUUUUGAUCUCAACCUUCCUGCAGAGAUGGUUAAGUGUGUUGAAGUUUUUAGGGAAUUCUAUCAAACAAAAACCAAGCACAGAAAACUUACAUGGAUAUACUCAUUGGGUACUUGUAAUAUCAAUGGAAAAUUUGAACCAAAAACUAUGGAGUUGAUUGUGACAACCUAUCAGGCUUCUGCCUUGCUGCUAUUCAAUGCCUCCGAUAGAUUGAGCUAUUCAGAAAUCAUGACGCAGCUAAACUUGACUGAUGAUGAUGUUGUUAGACUGCUCCAUUCCUUGUCCUGUGCAAAGUAUAAGAUCUUAAAUAAAGAACCAAACACAAAAACAAUCUCUCCAACUGAUUACUUUGAGUUCAACUCCAAGUUUACGGACAAAAUGAGGAGGAUCAAGAUUCCUCUUCCUCCUGUGGAUGAGAAGAAGAAAGUGAUUGAAGAUGUUGAUAAGGACAGGCGGUAUGCCAUUGAUGCAUCAAUUGUGCGCAUCAUGAAGAGUCGGAAAGUUUUGGGUCACCAACAGUUGGUUAUGGAAUGUGUCGAACAGUUAGGCCGCAUGUUCAAGCCUGAUUUCAAAGCAAUCAAGAAGCGGAUUGAAGACCUGAUCACUAGGGACUAUCUGGAAAGGGACAAGGAUAAUCCGAACACAUUCAGAUACUUGGCAUGAUUCAACCUUUUUAAUAAUCCAAAUGAAGUGGGUGAAGGUAUUGCUGCUGCCAAUAGCACAAAGAGGAGGAAUCAGCCUGUGGUGGAAGUGGAGUGCAAAUGCACUGUAAGUCUUGCUUCUAGAUGACUGCCUCUUUUGAUGGUUGCUUAGAACCUGGAGCCGAGAAUUCUUGUAAAUUUUUUCCUUCCGAAGCCAGGUAUGGACCAACGUUUCAGAUCACCCAUGGAGAGAAGUGUAGUUGAUUUCCUAUUGCAUUCCAGUGCACCAAUGGUAACAGGCAGGAGCCUUUCCAUGUUCGUUACUGCAAACCUCUCUGAUGACUCGGUUGAUGCUUGUGUCUUAAAUUAUUUCUUUGCCCUGCUAAAAAUGUAGUUUGAUUUCACUAUCAAGUUGCAUUUCGUUUGUCAUUUUCGGAAAAUCCCAGGCAGAUAGCCUUAUUUUGAAUGCAACCUUAUGACUCCGUUUUAUCCAUUUGUCUAUAAUUAUCUAUAAAAAGAACACUCUUAGUUUGUUUA